GCUUUGAACAGCACUCCGGAAGAUCAUCAUCUCUACGUCGGCCCCGGUGGGUAAUGAUAAUGAAAGAGUGGUCCGAUCUGCUCCGGGAAAUCAAACAGUGCACCGACGAGGACGAGAUGGAGUUUUGCGAGGACUUUGCCAAGCUGCAGAUGAUUUUCAACCACACGAAUCAGUUUGUGCGGACGUUCGAUAAGAUUGUGUUCCAUGGAGGAAAUGAACCGUACAUCAUCGAGAUUGUGGCGCGGCUGGUAAAGUACCUCCGGGUCCGGCGCUACCUGAACGAGAACAACAAACCGAUUAAAGAAUGCGAGCAUCAGCUGCGGAAGAUUACGCUGUUUAUGGUGCUGAAUACGGACGUCAGUUUCAAGUUUGACUUGUCCAGGGAUACGAAGCUGUGCCACCUGCUGAAUACGGUUCCCCAGCUGACGAAAUGCCUGCUAAUCAAUUGCAUUUGGGGGGCCAGUUUGGAUGAGUACUUUUACGAGAUUCUGUCGUACACGCCACAGUGGUUCAUGAUGCAGUUUAUGGACCAGGCGGUAACCAGUUUGAAGUUUUCGAAGCCGUUUGAGAUUCUGGAACGAGUGGAAUCGAUGGCAAAGGCGAUCUACUUCAGCAUCUGCCGGACGGAUAACGAUUGGAAGAAGGUCGAUCGAAAUCGGUUUGUCGAGCAGCAGCGAACGCUUUCAAAGUUGUUCGACUAUUUGAUGGAGCUGCUGCGGUUCUUCAAUACUCCGGAUACGGGCAAGUUCGAGCGGUGGUCCCGGUUGAGUAUGCACCGGUAUUAUGGAUUUGCGUUGAAGCACAUGUUCAGCAUCGUGUUGUACUGUAUGGAUUUGUAUCUGAACAAGAGCCUGUUCAAGGUGGACGAGAAGAUGGCGAUCUACCAGAUUAUGGACGAGAAGCACGUACCGAAGAAGGAGAUCCCGGAACAGUACUCCCAAGGGACGGAUGGACAUCUGAUGAAGAUCAACAACUGCCUGCUGAAUACUUUGCAAACCUGCGUGAUGGAAGUGACCGUCGAUGGGUUUAUGUACUGGGUUGAGAUUGACGUAUCCGUGGGAGCGAACGGAGACAAGGUCACCCUGCAGCAGUUCAUCGGCGAAUCGGCAUUCAAGCUUUGUGACAUGCUCAAAGACAAUGAGAUCCUUAAGCACAACGUUCUAAAACAGUUGCCAGCCAUCUCUCUGCGGCCGAAAUCCCAAGCCGAAAAAGCCAUGGAACUGUCUAUGCGAGACCUGAUGGAAAAGCUCGAAACCUGCCGGGAGCUGUUCGAACGGAGGCUCUUCUUCAACGAAUUCCUCCGCCGCGGUGCUCAGGUUUUCGGCAACUUCGAAUGUCUGGACCUGAUCGAUCAGAACAUGGACCUCAUUUCCGGCGAUAAUGUCCGGAAGCUCAUCGAAUACGACAAUCGACCGCUAGACGAAGACGAAAUGGAGCCGGACGGACCUUCCGAAGAGGCAGCGAAACUCCGCGAAUUGAUCCUGAAAUCGAUCGAUUACCUUCUCCUCGAGGAAGCCAACACCCUGAUCAAGUUUAUGAUCGCAACCUACGGGCUGGAGUACGAUCGCUACCAAACGCCCACCCUCGUCGAAGAGAUCAUCGAGUACACCAAUCGCUUCAACUCCAGUUCCAUGCAUCUCGGCGACGACGAAUCCGACAUCCCGCUGCGGCUUAUCUUCCAGUGUCCCUCCUUGUUCUACCAACGGCUGACCCGUUCCCUGUACGAUACGGGCUUCAACAAUGCCAACUACAUCUUCACCAUCACCCAGGUGAUCGCCAAAAUCAAAUCCUUGUCGGUGCCCUAUCUCAGUGCCCAAGUCCGCUCCCUUCUGUCCGGUCAGUUCGAAAUCACCAAAUCCAACUUCCUUUCCGUGUUCGUCCUCAAACUCUUCGGGCUGGACCUCUUCGAGCGGAAUCACUUCCUUCAGGGCUAUCUCCUGCAAGGCGUCGACGAAGCCUUCCGCCAGUCCAACCUGAUUGCCUUGACCGAAGUGCUCGGUCUGAUGCAUCUGGUCAUCGACAAGAAUCUCAACGGGUUCAAACUAGAUUCGCUCAAACAGGUCACCCUGAAGCUGGCGGAAAUAUCCGAAAAACUACGCUACGACGUUACCAAACUGGAACCGACGCACCCGCACGGAAUCGAGCGCAUCACGCUGCUCGAGAAGAUCCUAAAGAUCAUUCCCGAACCGGUGCGGAUGCUGCGAUCGCUGAAGGAAGAAUGUAAUGCAUAUGGCAGGCUUGGGUGA